CGUUUUUUCCACAGCCCUUUCACCACCUGAACUGGUCUAGCUUAUAAACUGGCUUUUCAGUCAGCAUCUCCACCAUGACACUCGCCGUAGACACAAAGACCCCGUCUACAGCUCAAAUCCACACUAGUACUUGGACGUUGUCGAAUCAUUGCUGAGACUGCUGAGGAACACUCGAGCUUUCUCACGCGGCUAUAUUAAUGACUUUACUCCUAACCUUGUACACUGCCUUUCGUUCGUAUAUUAGUCUUUGAUCAGCUCCUACAGUAGAACAUCUUUUGGCACCAUUGUCAGUCUACCUCAAUAUUCCAUUUCCUCCCCCAAAUCCCACAAUGACGAUUCCCAGUGUAGUCAAUGGUGCCAUUGGGCUCGCCGUUGGCAAGAAAACUACCCACGAAGUGCAGGUGUUGAAAUCCGUGGUCCCUAAGACUAAAGUUUCCCCGAAUAUUGACAUCAUUGACAUACGCCACGACUCGGUGUUGAUCAACUUGAAGGAUGAAAUUCUCAAUUCAUUGCGUCCAUCCAAGGGAUCGAAAUCUUUGCCAACAUUGUUACUCUAUGAUGAGCGUGGUUUACAGUUGUUUGAGGAGGUGUGCUAAAUACGAGUCCAAAUAUGGAUCAAACUAACAAGUGAUACAGAUAACAUACUUGGAUGAAUACUACUUGACCAAUGCGGAAAUCGAUGUUCUCAAACACCAUGCUAGCGAUAUCGCAAAAACCAUACCGGCAGGCUCUAUGGUUGUCGAGCUAGGUAGUGGGUUGGUGACUGUCAGAGGGUUUUCUUCGUUCCCGGACUAACAAACAACAGUAAUUUGCGGAAGGUAAGUAUCUUACUUCAGGCUUUGGAUGCCGCUGGAAAAGACAUUGAUUACUAUGCUUUGGACCUUUCCAUGGAUGAGUUGAUUCGUACCUUGGAGCAGGUUCCAGAAUUCAAAUAUGUGAAGUGCCACGGGUUGCACGGCACAUACGAUGAUGGCCUCGAGUGGCUCAAAUUGCCUGAGAAUAGCUCCAAAGCGAAGUGCAUCAUGUCUCUUGGAUCCAGCAUUGGUUAAAGACUCAACUCCUCUAUUUAAUAUCGGCAUUUAACCUAUUUGAUAGGCAAUUUCAGCCGCCCAGGCGCGCGAGAAUUCUUGAAGGGGUUUACAGAUGUUUUGAGUCCAUCUGAUUCAAUUCUCAUUGGGCUGGAUGCGACCAGCGACUCUGCAAAAGUGUAGUAAGUUUCUUAGUACCAAGAAACUGGAUGAAACUUACACGUAUUUUUAGUCACGCUUACAAUGGUACGUUUCCAAUUACCUGAUGUCAAUAAAGCAGCCAAUCUCUUUUUUCAACUUGCUGUUCUUACGGUAGACAAAGGAGUCACAGUAAACACGAUUCCCGUUAUUCUGAUUGUCAAGGUUGAUCAAGUAAUUGAACCCAUAUAUUUGGGUGAAUUGUUUUAUUUGAUCUACAAUGCUCCAUAAAAUUCUAGUUGUCCCAGAAGUUUAGAAUAGCCGAGAAUUAUUCUAGAGAGCUAGGAUAAUAAGGCUAUUACGACCACUGAUCUGUUCCAUAGCGAGCUGCUUUGGUAUCGAUGGAGGGUGAUAUGACGAAUGCAACAACUCUAGUCAAAUCAGCAGGCAGGCAGCUUUAGUUUCAGCUGCAUUUCCAUUCAGGGUCCCUGUCUGCGGCCCAGAUACCACUUUCUUUCAUUCUCUUCUGGGCGUAUGAGGAUCAGGAAACUAAUACUGUUAUGUAGAUCGGGAAGGAAUCACUCGUAGGUCCGAUCUCCCUAUGGAAAGAUCCUUUUUUUCAUUCUGACAUUGCCAUAGAUUUAUCAUGAAUGGUCUAGUCCACGCAAACCAUCUACUUGGUGAGCAAGCUUUCGACCCAAAUGACUGGGACGUCAUUGGGGAAUACGUUUAUGACAGCACUGGCAGCCGUCAUCAAGCCUCAUAUGCUCCAAAACACAACAUAAAGUACAAGGAUAUAUUGAUCAAAGCCGAAGAAAGAGUCAAAGUUGAGGAAAGCUUGAAAUAUUCUGCUAAAGAUGCUGUGGAACUUUGGGAAGCAGCUGGUCUGCAGCAAACCAAUCAUUGGACAGCCACAUCAGAUAAUUACAGUAAGUGGAAAAUUCCAGGGUCUGACAUCUGAUUUCUUUUGCACCAACCACAUCCUUGUAUGUCAUUUAAAAUGUCUAAUCUUGAUGUGAUGAUUAGCACGAACAUCACCAGUUGAGGGUAAUGUAUAGUGGUCUUCAUGAAUAAGACAGAUCUACUAUAUGCUUAGAAGUCUCCUGUUCACAUACGUUGAGUGAAGUGGUGUUGCAUUUUGUUGCAAGCUUAGCAUCGUGGAAUUUUCACUCUCCACCAUAUAGAUGUGCACAUUCUAGAACACCCAUGUUAACCAUCUUCUUUGUGACAGGCAUUCAUUAUCUUGUCAAGGAAAAAAUGGCUUUUCAUACAAAUCCUGCGGUGUACGCGAAAUCCACUGUUCCAAACUUGGAAGACUGGGAAGGUCUUUGGAGAGCUUGGGAUAUCGUUACGAGAGGAAUGCUUCCUGAAGAAGAGCUACUUGAGAAGCCUAUUAAGCUGAGAAAUGCUUGUAUCUUCUACCUCGGACACAUCCCAACUUUUGUGGACAUUCAGCUCAACAAAGUCACCAAGGAAUCUCCAUGUGAACCAUCUCACUAUCCGAAAAUCUUUGAAAGAGGUAUUGAUCCAGACGUUGAUAAUCCCGAGCAUUGUCAUGCUCACUCAGAAAUCCCCGACGAGUGGCCUCCCCUCGAGGAAAUCCUUCAGUACCAAACAGCAGUUCGCAGCAAGAUUCGGAAGAUUCGCAAAUCGAGCCACGUCUCUCGCGAUAUUGGGAGAGCUUUGUGGAUGGGAUUCGAGCAUGAGAUCCUGCAUUUGGAGACUCUGCUUUAUAUGAUAUUACAAAGCAAUCGAACGCUCCCUCCAACGACCCUGAGACCCGACUUUGAGGGCGAUGCGAGACUAGCCGAGAAAGCGCGGGUUCCAAAUGAAUGGUUUGAUAUUCCGAAGCAGACUAUUGUCAUUGGCCUCGAGGACCCGGAAGACAACUCGAAAGGUGAUGUCCACUUUGGUUGGUGAGUCGAUGAAAACUCUACAUCAGGCUUUAUGAGUAACAAUAUCGGAUAGGGAUAAUGAGAAGCCGCAAAGAAAGGUUUCGGUGCCAGCUUUCCAAGCACAAGGGCGAGCCAUUACCAACGGAGAGGUAGAUCAGCCACCUGCUUACUUUAUUUAUUUUACUGAUAUAUACAUGCUAGUAUGCGCUAUACCUCGAACAAUCUGCCAAUCCUAAAAUACCUGUUUCCUGGUCCGAAGACGGUUCAGCUCAUUCCAACGUCAAUGGACACCUCAACGGAUACUCCAAUGGUCACGAUAUCGCAGCUUCGAAGAAACCGUUCUUAGAAGGGAAAUUUGUCAAAACUGUUUAUGGUCUAGUCCCUUUGAAGUUUGCUUUGGAUUGGCCAGUUUUCGCAUCAUAUGAUGAGCUUCUUGGUUGCGCGAAUUUCAUGGGCGGCAGAAUUCCAACUGUUGAGGAAGCACAAAGCAUAUAUAGCCACGUUGAUAGUCUCAGACGGGAGGAAGCUGAACGUCAUCUAGGCAAGACAGUUCCUGCUGUUAAUGGGUAAGGAUUAUGGAAUCACUUUUGGUUCAUGACUGACUCAUUUCGUAGGCAUCUUCUCAACGAUGGCGUAGAAGAGAGUCCACCACACUCCCCUUCCCAAAAUGGUAGGAGUUCUCAGGAACUCUUUACCAACCUCGAGGGAGCCAAUGUUGGUUUUAAACAUUGGCAUCCUAUUGCCAUCACAGCCCAUGGUAAUAAACUCGCUGGUCAAUCUGAAAUGGGCGGGGUGUGGGAAUGGACCAGUUCCCCACUUGAAAAACAUGACGGAUUUGAGCCAAUGCCACUUUAUCCUGAAUACACUGGUAAUUUAAUCCCCCUUUCCGGAAAAUAUAUACAUGGCAUGGUUGGAGGAAAUUUACUAACUUCUUUAUGAAACAGCGGAUUUCUUUGACGGCAAACACAACAUCGUACUUGGAGGAUCGUGGGCCACGCACCCACGAAUUGCUGGACGUAGAACAUUGUAAGCCAAUUCAAUCUAAAGUUACCGUGCCAAUACUAACAAGAAACCAGCAUCAAUUGGUAUCAGCGACACUAUCUAUACGCUUGGGUUGGUGCCCGACUUGUACGUGAUCUCUAACCAAGCCAAAAGUCGCCAGAAAAAAAGGCAAUGUGCCAUGAACGGUUCAACGCCAAGAUAGUGGCUUUUUUGAAACGGGGAUUCAACUUCUCCAUUAAUUUGCAUGAAAGAUCAGUUUUCCGGAAAAGCUUGG